AUGAAUCCGUUUAAUGCUGUUCCUGUGUUUAUGGGGGACCACGGGGAUCCUGCACAUCCUCCGACGACGCCGCCUGAUCAGACCAUCGGCAGCAUGGGAAGUUCUUCCUUCAAGUCAUCGUCUUCGGAUGAGUUGGUAUCCUGGUCGCCAGACGUUGCGACUCAUUCCCCAGCCACGACGCGUCAACUUGAACCAUCCUCUGAAGAACAGCCUGUUGCGGACAGAAUUCGCGCCUUACUCGAUACCCUCUCGCCCGAGCUGCAAGCUGUCAUCACCCACAUGCCCCAGGCGUACCACAGGUCCUCAUACUGGACCGAAUUUCCGUUGUGCUCGGCCGACUUUGACUGUCUUACAAUGGUGGACUUGGGCAUGGGUGAAAUGCUGAAGAUCUUGAUUUUUCGAACGCCCGUCUCAAACGCACACGGCUAUGUGCAGUCGAUGCUGCACCACAAGAUCAUGUCCCAACUUGAAGAUAUAGCGUCCUGCAGUGACAAGGUCGCCACAUUCAUUCGGGAACUCGAUGCGUCCGCCCGGCGCCCAAUCAGGUACGCGGGAUCGGAGCGCCACCCGGAUAUCAGCUUUGGGCACACCUCUCAGAACAACCCGGCUGUGGUAGGGGAGCUCGCCUUCCCUCCAACCAACAAGGACCUCCACCAGCUUGCCGAGGAAUACCAUCGAAAGAUGCGAGGCGUGGUCAACGUCGUGUUUGGUCUCAUGGUUAGGUUUUGGUACGAUGAGAAUUCGACCAUCAAGACAUCGGCCACCUUGCGGGUUUGGAGACCCGACGUUGUCGACCAAGAGGCGAAUAUUGAUACACAGCCCCGAUACGAAGAAAUCAUUAUUUACGACGAGUCUGGCGAGAGGAUCAUUGACAGCCAAGCCGGCCUGCGCCUGUCUCUGGAGGACUUUGCAUGCCGUCAUUCCGUGGACGAGGGCGAGUUCGGGCGUCUCGACCAGCACGAAAUCUUCAUCUCUCUCCCCACUCUCCAAGACAUACUCGACACAGCCGCGGAGCGCCAUACCGUCUUGCUCAACACGACCCAGCAGCAGAGCACUAUAUGA